AUGGCAGAACCAAGUACUUCAAAUCAUCAGCAAAUGCUAGCCAUCACCACAUUGAGUAGUGGAAGAAUGGUCGACAAUCAUGUGCAAGAAAAGGUGGAUGAGCAAAUUGAGAUCCCACAAAAUCUGCAGAGGGACACGGGUAAGCAAGUAAACACUGAGGCUUCUUCUCCCUCCGCCCCCACUCCUGAGAUACUAUAUGAACCCCGAGUCCCAUUCCCAGAACGUCUCAAGGAACCUUCUCACUUCGGGAAGCAAGGAAAGAAAAUACAAGAUAUGAUGGAGGUCUUCAAACAAGUUAAAGUCAACAUCCCACUCCUUGAUGCCAUCAAGCAAGUACCUGCUUAUGCAAAAUUCCUCAAGGACUUGUGUACUCAGAAAAGGAAAACCAGAAAUAAUAUCCCCAAGAAAGUUCUUCUUACUGAGCAUGUGAGCUCCUUGAUUCAGCACAACACUCCUCCGAAAUUCAAGGAUCCUGGAUCCCCUACAAUUUCAUGUAUCAUCGGACAGACUGAGAUUGAUAAAGCACUCCUAGAUCUAGGAGUUGGUGUGAAUUUACUUCCCUAUUCAGUGUAUCAACAACUUGGCCUAGGGGAACUGAAGCCCACCACAGUGAUUCUACAGUUGGCUGAUCGGUCUGUUAAGAAACCAAGAGGGGUUAUAGAAGAUGUCAUCAUCCAAGUGGAUAAAUUUUUCUUCCCAGUGGACUUCAUCGUAGUUGAUAUCGAGCCCAUUCCCAAUCCUGAGAAGCUAAUUCCAGUCAUCCUUGGCCUUCCUUUCUUAGCCACUUCCAAUGCAUGCAUCAACUGUCGCACUGGAGUCAUGGAGAUCUCCUUUGGUAAUAUGAAAUUCAAGCUAAAUAUCUUCAAUGCAUUCCAGCAUGCACCUGAUUGGAAUGAGUGUUUCUUUGUGGACAACAUUGAAGAAUAUGUAGAAGAUUCACUCCCCAGUCUUUUGACAAGGGAUCCUUUGGAAGACUGCUUAGCUCACUUUGGCUUUGAAGACUUCAACACCAAUCAAUACAUUGAUGAGGUAAAUGCCUUGCUAGAGACAGCUGCCAGUGCAGAUUUUCAUCCAUGGAGACUACCCAAGGAACCCUUACCUCCAACUUCGAACACUUCUCCUGUUCCUUCCCUUGAGUCUCCACCAAAGCUUGAAUUGAAGCCACUACCAGACAAGCUCAAGUAUGCCUUCCUCGGCUCUAAUGAUACCUUACCGGUCAUCAUUGCUUCAGAUCUACAAAAGGACCAAGAUGACAGAUUAUUAGCAGUAUUGAAGAAGCAUAAAGAGGCUAUUGGAUGGACUAUAGUUGAUUUGAACCGCAUCAACCCCUCCAUCUGUUUGCACCGGAUUCAUUUAGAGGAAGAUGCUCGACCCUCCCGUGAGGCAUAG